AUUAUCUCCACUGUGCUCCGCACGCACUGAUAACACUUUAAGAUCAUAAAUAACCAGCCACUUGUACAAAAUGGUCGUGUUUAGGUCGAUAAUUUUUCGCGUUUUAAAGUCGGAAUGUUUGAGAAGGUGUUCAUAUUCCACGGCGCCUAAUCCUGGGCUGCUUAGUGACAUCAACGUUCUAGACUUCACUAGGGUAAUAGCUGGGCCAUUCUGCACGAUGACCCUGGGUGACCUGGGAGCAAAUGUGAUCAAAGUGGAGAGUCUGGAUGGAGAUGAAGCCAGGAAGUGGGGCCCGCCCUUCAUCAAGGAAUCCACAGAUGCUUAUUACUUCCUGUCUGUGAACAGAAACAAGAAGAGUGUGUGCAUUGAUCUCAAGAGUCAAGAAGGUAAAAAAGUGUUCCAUGACUUGGCGAAAAAGUGUGAUGUGAUGGUGGAGAACUUUGUGCCAGGGAAACUGGAUGAGCUUGAGGUCGGCUACGAGACACUGAGCCGGCUCAACCCGCAGCUCAUAUACUGUGCCAUCACAGGGUUCGGACCCACUGGACCAUAUGCCAAGAAACCUGGAUAUGAUGUAAUUGCUGCUGCCAUGGGGGGCUUGAUCAACCUCACCGGGCACCCUGAAGGUGAGCCCGUGAAGGGAGCGGUCCCACUGACAGAUAUCUGCACCGGCCUCCACGCAUACGGAGCUAUACUGACUGCCCUGUACCAUAGACAAAAGACUGGAAAGGGACAGAGGAUUGACUGCAACCUUCUUUCUACACAGAUUAAUGUUUUAAUCAAUCUGGCAACCACAUACCUGAACUGUGGGAUUGAGGGCCAGCGCUGGGGCACGGCUCAUGCCAGCAUUGUCCCAUACCAAGCCUUCAAGACCAAAGAUGGAUACUUAGUUUUGGGGACCGGAUCUAAUGCACAAUUCAAAGAUCUGUGCAAGUUAAUUAAUAGAGAAGAUCUAGUUGAUGAUGCCAGAUUCAAAACCAACUCUGACAGAGUGGCAAAUCGCGUGGAGCUAAUCAAAAUUAUUAGUGACAUUAUUGUGACAAAAACUAAGAAAGAAUGGUCAGACAUAUUCCACAAAGCGUCUUUCCCGAAUGGUCCAGUGAAUACAUUGAGGGAAGUGUUUGAGGACGAGCAUGUGAAGGAGAUAGGGCUGGUGAAGGAGCUGGCGCACCCGCUGGCGGGGGUGGUGCGGGUGGCGGGGCCGCCCACGACCUACAGCGAGGGGGGGAACGAGGUGCGCACCGCCCCCCCACUGCUCGGCCAACACACCAGAGAAAUACUCUCAGAGUUCCUCGGAUAUGGCAGCAAGAGAAUAGACGAUCUGUACAGCAACAAAGUGGUGCGAUGAUGUAACAAAUGUAAUGUUUUUUCCAAGAUAAUGGACAUUUACGACGGCUGAUAUCUUGACAAGUGUUGUAAAUAAAUAUUUCGUUGUUA